CUUCUUGAGGCGAGAUUGUGGACCGCUGAUCGAAACGAAUCUGCACCGUCCAAAUCCCUCUCCGAUAAAACCUAGAUCUGACCUCCAAGCCUCCUCUCUUCGUCUCUGGAACGCCAAGGAUUUAUUCUCUGAAUUCGCCCCCGUCUCUCUCUAGGGUUCCAUCGUCGAUCGAUCGCUAAGCGAAGAUGUUUGGGAGAGCGCCGAAGAAGAGCGAUAACACCAAGUACUAUGAGAUCCUUGGGGUCUCGAAAAACGCCUCUCAGGACGAUCUGAAGAAGGCCUACCGGAAAGCCGCCAUCAAGAACCACCCUGACAAGGGCGGCGAUCCCGAGAAGUUCAAAGAGCUGGCCCAAGCUUAUGAGGUUUUGAGUGACCCGGAGAAGCGUGAGAUUUAUGAUCAAUAUGGCGAGGAUGCUCUAAAGGAAGGAAUGGGUGGUGGAGGAGCUGGACACGAUCCAUUUGACAUCUUCCAGUCCUUCUUUGGUGGGAGCCCAUUUGGUGGUGGUGGGAGCAGCAGAGGCCGCAGGCAAAGGAGGGGAGAGGAUGUUAUCCAUCCCCUCAAAGUCUCUCUUGAGGAUCUGUACAAUGGGACAUCCAAGAAGCUCUCUCUAUCACGCAGUGUUAUCUGCUCCAAGUGCAAGGGUAAAGGAUCCAAGUCUGGUGCUUCCAUUAAAUGUGCUGGGUGUCAAGGUUCGGGAAUGAAAGUCUCUAUCAGGCAUCUUGGCCCAUCAAUGAUCCAGCAGAUGCAGCACCCUUGCAAUGAGUGCAAAGGUACUGGUGAAACUAUCAAUGAUAAAGAUCGCUGCCCACAGUGCAAGGGUGAAAAGGUUGUAGGAGAGAAGAAAGUUUUGGAAGUCAUUGUGGAAAAGGGUAUGCAGAAUGGACAGAGAAUCACUUUCCCUGGAGAGGCCGAUGAAGCUCCUGACACUGUUACAGGGGAUAUAGUCUUUGUUCUACAACAAAAAGAGCAUCCCAAAUUUAAGAGAAAGGGCGAUGAUCUAUUUGUUGAACACACCUUGUCACUUACUGAGGCACUCUGCGGUUUUCAGUUUAUUCUGACCCAUCUUGAUAACAGGCAGCUCCUCAUCAAGUCCCAACCCGGAGAAGUUGUAAAGCCUGAUCAAUUCAAGGGGAUAAAUGACGAGGGAAUGCCAAUGUACCAGAGGCCAUUCAUGAAGGGGAAGCUGUACAUUCAUUUCACUGUGGAUUUCCCGGACACCCUCACAAUGGAGCAGUGCAAGGCGCUUGAGGCUGUGCUGCCUCCAAGGCCCUCGAUGCAGAUCAGUGAUAUGGAGUUGGACGAGUGCGAGGAGACCACGCUGCAUGACGUUAACAUCGAGGAGGAGAUGCGCCGCAAGCAGCAACAAGCCCAGGAGGCAUAUGAGGAAGAUGAAGAUAUGCACGGUGGUGGUGCCCAGAGGGUGCAGUGCGCUCAGCAGUAACUGGUUCAGGACGGGUUUAUGUUCGGGAUUGCCAUUGGUGAAAGAGCUCGGGGGGGGGUGGGUUCCGGUUCCUCAAGAAAUAACAUAGUUUGGUAUGGUGUUUGUUAUAGGGGGAUUCAGAAUGCAUUUAGUUUCUGGUUUGAAAUUUUCUUUGCAAGCAAACAGAUAUAAUGAAUUCAAGCUAGGUGAUGGAUGGUCUGUUGCAGAAUGCUUUGAGAAAACAAAGCUUUGUUAUGAAAACCUUAUGUUAUCUUUGCAGAUGGUAUAACCUACCUACCGUUUAUGCUUAA